AUGGCACAGAAGCUUGCGAAGGUGUCUGGUGUCCACACCAUCGAGAUCACCCACUGCAAGCUGCAAGAGGAGCCGCCCCUCCACGAGCUUCACAGCGUGGUGGUGCUGCGCCUGUCGAAGAAUGAGCUGACCUGUCUCAGCAGGGGGGAGAGACCUGCGCAGAACGAGCAGCAUCAGAAGCCGUAUAGACUGGAGAUCUUCGCCUGCGAUCGAAACCGGUUGCAGAUGGUGGAGCCAGGGGCUCUCUCCGGGCCCUUUGUCGCGAGCCUCCAGGUACUGGACCUCUCGCGGAACCAGCUCUCUUUCCUACCAGACGGUUUUCUCCACGGUGCCAAAGCUUUGCGCUACGUGGACCUCUCCUUCAAUCGGUUAUUUUCACUGCCUGACAGCAUAUUGGAGUGCAAGCAGCUUCUGAUCCUGCAUGUGGAUAACAACGAGCUAGAGAAGCUGCCAUCCGACAUCGGAGUACUGAAAGGCUUGCGAAAGCUAUCGGCCUCGUACAACAAGAUCUCGGAACUCCCUCCCACGAUCGGCAGCUGCAAGCUGUUGGAGAAAAUCCGAGUGGUUUCUAACCAGAUCACCGUGAUGCCCUACUCGCUCUUGAAACUGUGGAAGCGGAAGGGCGGCGUCCUUGAGGAGUUGCUUGUGGAGGGCAACCCUUUGCUCCAGCCAAGCAUCACAGCCUUCCAAAUGGGAGGACUGGAUCGGGCCCUUCGCCUUUUCAGCGAGUGGGUCAAGGCACAGCUGGAGCUCGAGAGGCAGAUGGAAAGCCUCAACAAGGAGAAGGACAACAAGGACACGCGCCAUGAUGACGCGCCGCGCAUUUCGGAGACCCUUGAGAACGGAGAGCUCCGUGGCUCGGUCGUCUCCAACAUACGGCUGUCUUCCUUCUCCUUCGACGACGGGGAGCACCAGGACUCUGGUGCUGGUGCGAACCAAGACGAAGCAGCGGAUCUCGGGGAGCCGGACUACGAGAGCCUCAACCUGGAAUUAGUCCAGCUGGUGGAUGAAUCAGGCAAGCGCGUGUCAAAGUUCGCCCUCUCUGCGCAGGAUUGGCGAAGAUUCGAAAGUUAUGCCUCCAAGUACCAGCAAGGGGGCAAGUCUGGGCCCGGUGGUGACGCGUACUACUUCUCGCACGUCGCCAACGACCACCAUGCCGUCCUCGCCAUACGGGAUGCAGAGACCGCUUUGUUGCUGCUGAAGAGGCGCUUCUGGGUCUUGAAGCAGAAGGAGAUUGCCCUCCAGUCGCGAAACAAGGAGGUGACCAGCGCAAGCGAGCUGACACUGGAGUUUUGCGAGCUCCUCAAGUGCGGCUUUGACCCAUUGCGCUACAACGGUCAGGUGCCGAUCCAGGAUAUCGACCUUUACUUCUGCACGCUCGUCUAUGGUAGCAAGCCGACCUUCACUUCCAUCCAUGCCCUGUGGGACAAGUUUGAAGUUGGAGAGAAGGGCUACAUGACCAAAGAUGAGUGGUUCAAUCUGUGCGCCCGCGUCAAGACGAAGCUGCCGCAGAAGAUUCAACAGGAGAUUUGGGACCUCCUGUCCUGGAGGAACCGCGCACAGAUGUCGAAGAAGGACUUCGUAGCUGGCUGGCACAUACACGAUCUGGAAGUGCAAGAUCUGCACGCCAAGAGUUUGACCCAAGUCCUGAAGUUCCAGUACUACAGCAUGGGUGUGGGAGAGCUACAGGAGCGAAUGAGGAUCCGUCUAGCGGAGGAUGCGGACGUGCUGAACUUCCCGAAGGCUGGGCACAACGACAUCCUCUCAAUUCCCUUUGGUGUGGGGGAACGGCGGCUGAAGCGCUGA